AUGGCUCGCACCCGAUCAAUGCUGUGCGAUUCCUUCGUACAGCCUUCAAAUCCUUUGAACAAGCCAUCAACAGAUCCUAAGCAUGCGCAGCGUACACCGGCGCCACUGUUAGAUCUUCCCGCGGAGGUAAUCCUCUCUGUAGUGGACUUCCUGCCGAAAAUUUCUGUGGCGUGUCUUGCUCUUUGCAAUCGUUAUUUGAGCCAAGUCAUUGGACAUAGCGCUUGGGCAUCUGUGCGACAUCAAAGUAAAGCUGCCCGCAUCAACUUUUCUUCCCUCUUGGCAAAGGAUCUCCCUCAAUACUUCAACUGCCCUGCUUGUCCGACGCUGCACCCAACGAGCGCAGUCUCCUCGUGGUCAUGGACUGCCAGAACCUGUCAGAUACUCCCCUGCGUCCGCCAUAGCAGAGCCUUUACCUAUCACGGUCUCUCCUGGUUUAAGCUGAAGUUUGCGCACAUCCAGCUGGUCAUGAAACGCCACCAUCAUGGAGCACCCCACGGGAUCGCACUAGAAGCCCUCACUCACACAGCAAUCCGAUUCGAUAAGAGACGUCAAUUGACAACCCUCUUCUCAGUCGAGGCCCGCAUCGUUGACGAUGACCUUCUUAUGCGUUUUCAGCAGUGGCUUUUCCUCCCCCACGCCGGUAACGAGCUCUUUCCCAAAGACCCUCUCAGCAAUGCCCGCCCCAAAACGCACUUCCCCAAGCAUCUCCUCCCCUAUCUUUGCCCGCACCUGACCUGCUUUAUCUCCGCCAAACUGUGGCCCCUCCUGCGCGCUCGCCGUGAGUCUCACACUGACACGGCACGCUCUCCACGAACCCCGCGGUGCAACAAGUGCCUUAUGGACUAUUCUCUUGAGACGCUCGACCUCGGGGGAAAAGGAGUUGCCGUGGGUGCCACAAAAUGGCUCGAUUUCGGCGCUGGAAUUACGCCCAAAGACCCAAAGUGGUUGAGACAUCUGGAUACUUCGAAGGACUGCUAUCCUUCGCGUGCACCACGUAGGUCUAAGCCAGAAUCGUCGCACGUGCACGGCAGCAUCAAGACGCGCUUCGAGAGUCAGGAUGGGAUGAGCUUGGAGGAACUUACUGCUUUGAACAUAUCGAGGUUAUUCUCGGAUCGCCAGUGCAAAUCAGUGACGCAGGCGCCGGAUGGGAUGGUGUGGAAGUGGCGUACGCCCCUCAAAUCGUCAUGGUGGUGGGAUCUGGAUCCAUCAUGA